AUGGCUACAGUUAGGAUAUCAGGCCAUCAGACCAACAUGUGGCAGCCCAGGAAGCACGGUAGGAAGCUCAGGACUUAUUUGGCUUUUGUUGGGGUAAUAUUAUUGGUGAUUUUCAUCAACUUCUAUCAGAUAUUGGGGAAUUCAGUGCACAUCGCAAACCAUGCAUUGGCCAACUGGGACCAUGAGGUAUUGAAUGAUAAUUUGAGACGUUUCAGCCAGUUCUGCCAGAAUAAUAACUACCAGUUCAUUGGUAGCUCAGCUAAAGACUUGGUUGGCGAUUCAAGUGGAUCCAUUGGAAAACCUUAUGAAGUUAUUCGCGAAUCUUUCAAUGAAGGUGACAAGUUCUCUGAGUAUGAAACAAUAAUAUUUUUGAAUAAUGAUCAGCUUAGUGCUGGGUCAGGUUCAAGAUCAACUUCAAGCCUUACCGGGAAAUUCGACUACAAAAACAAAGUUGUUUUACUAUCGAACAUCAUUGAUCAUAGUUCUUAUGGAGAUGCUGGAAGUCGGAACUUCAAACAUUUCUUCAAUGUUUUACACAAGAUAAACUAUGACAAACAGUACGUUACUUUAGGACUUCUGGUCAAAUCAACGGUUGAGCUUGAACAUAUAAAACAAUUAUUGGUCGAAUAUUAUGAAGCACUGAGUAUAAUCCAAUUCUUUCGUGAUGUUGAAGAAUAUAGGGAUGGUGAUGAAUCAGACGAUGAAUUUGGAGGGAAAUUUGCUAAAGUGGUACUUGUUCACGCUCCUUUCAUUGAAAAUUCUUUCAAAAUCAAUAGAGAUUAUCGUCAUGAAGAAGCAAUUCAGAUAAAAAGAAGGUCAGUAAUUGCUAAAGUAAGGAACUUUUUGAUCAACACAGUGUUGUCAGACGAGAAAUACUCAUUAUUUGUGGAUAGUGAUAUCAUUUCCAUGCCAGGAAAUUUACUCAACUACUUUAUUAAAUCUGGUAAAGACAUUGUGGUCCCGAGGAUUCAAAAGGGUAAAGAUUGUUAUGAUUAUGAUCAAAACUCGUGGGUUGGAGAAAGAGAAGCACCAACCCCGGAAGAGUUGAAAAAGUUGAAUGAAAACAAGCAGAUCAAAUUACAGAAAUUAAAAGAUGAAGUUCUUCAAUCUAAUAACGAUUAUGAAACUUUGCAGGAAAUUGAAACCGAAUUGGACACUGAGCGACAAAGAUCUUCUUCAUCCGAUUCAUCAUCAAAAAUCACUACUUUUAUCGAGCAACAACAAGGGUUUGUUUAUGUCCCAAGGCGCACGGACAAUUCUAAUCUUUUACUAGAUUUAUCCAGAAAAUUAGAAAUUAAUUCAGAAAAAGCAUUUCACUAUUUCUAUCCCAUUGAUUCGGUUGGUGGUGCGAUCUUGUUUGUGAAAACAAUGAUUUUCAGACAGGGGAUUCUAUUUCCACCUUUAUAUAUUGUGGGGACGUCUUGGGAAAGAAUCGAAGGUUACGAUGGAAUUGAAACCGAAGGAUUGUGUUAUCAAGCCAAAAUAUUUGGAUAUCAAUGUUGGGCGGCCCCUGAUGUAUUAGCCCAACAUUAUGACUCGUGA